GUCCCAUAACCAGAAUUGGUGGAGAAGUGGACACAAAUGGUCCGUAACUGUAGAGGCAUUUGGAAGAACACAAAAAAGUGAAGAACUUUUCGCUUUUGCCACACAGAGAUUGAAAUUUGAAACAUGUUGCAGAGGUUCUUUUUUGUUGAUGGAGAUAUGGUAGGUGAGAAAUUCAGAAAUCUGUGCGCAUUUAACCUAAUCUGGAUGAAGCAUUAGCGAAAUGAACCCGGUGGCCAGUUGGCCACACUCUCAGUUCAGCCAUGGCCGCCUUCUCAGGUAAGUUUAUGCUGCAUUGCUUAUAGUUAUGUUCUUCUGCUCAAAACAGAGAAUGUUUUCUUUUAUUUAUUCUUGGUGUUUGAUUCCCCGGCCACUUAAUAGAGGAAUAAGAAAUUCUUGCUUGAUAACAGGACAGUAUCUAAUGCUUGUAUAGUUUUAUUCUAAUAAUCUUUAUGAAGUGGAAGAGAAUAGCGUUUGAAUUGUUUGAUUGUGUGUUGAAGAUAUCAAUUCAGGUCACUCCACUUAUGUCAAAACAAAGCUUUAUGUACAUUGGAGAAUUCAUAUUCUCAAAUUUUCCUUACUUAACCACGAAUUUCUGUAUCUUUUCUCAUUAUAAGUCGAUGCUUUGCCAGCAACAUUCUCGAAUGGCUUGUAGUUUACACCAAAACCUUGUAGCUUAACCUUUUCAAAGGAGCUCUCUGGGAACACACUAUGUUUUGAAGGUUGCUGUACAUCUGUUAUGGAGCUCUUCAGAGAGGCUUUGAAGACACAACGUUGUUCUGCUAAACAAGAAGAAAAGCAAGCUCUCUUGCAUGACCAGAAGGACUACCACAUGGCGCAACCCUCUGAUUUGGAAGGGCAGAAAGAAGUGGUUGUUAAGAUUGACAGGCAUAAUGUUUCUAGCAAAGAAACUGAGACUGCUUUUGAGUCUAAUUUUGGUGAAAGCACCAGCACAAAAGUUCCUGGUUCAUCUAAGAGAUCAAAGGUAUCAUUUGAAGAAGUACUGGAUGAAGCUGUUCGGUGCACGGGCAAGGACUUCUCAAGCGGAGAAAGCGUUCAGCAGCAUAGCUUGUGGAAUACUCUGGCGAGAAAGACUAAGUCUAGGCUGAUUGACCCGCCUGAGGAACAAUAUGAAGGUUGUCAGAGAUUUGUGGAUUCUGGUGAAGGUGAUGACAUUGAAGACCCAGAAGAAUCUAAGAAGUUGAAUUUUAGUGCACUGACAGCACUCCAAUUAGCAAGUCUUGUUAUGAUUAUCACAGCCCUAGUUUGCAGCCUCUCAGUUGCUGCUAUUAGGAGUCAAACACUAUGGCAUCUUCCAUUAUGGAAAUGGGAGCUGAUGAUUUUCACUAUAAUAUGCGGACGUUUGGUGAUAGGCUGGGGAAUCCGGGUUGUAGUGGCCUGUAUUGAAAGAAACUUUCUUCUUCGAGAAAGGGUCUUAUAUUUUGUGUAUGGAUUGAAAAGGGCUGUUCAGAACUGCUUCUGGUUAGGUCUUGUCUUGCUCGUUUGGCAUUGGAUUUUUGAUGAAAAGGUUGAGGAGGAGACUAAGAGUAAGGUCUUGCCAUAUGUAACCAAGAUUUUGGUAUGUCUUUGGAUGGCUGCUUUCAUAUGGCUCUUCAAAACAUUCCUUGUUAAAACUAUGGCUUCUUCUUUCCAUGUAAAUACCUUCUUUGAAAGAAUCCGCGAGGCAUUGUUCAGUCAAUACAUUAUUGAAACACUCUCUGGUCCCAGAUUACUUGCAAGGCACGGAGAAGAACAAGAAGAAGAAGGGAGUAACCCUGACCUUAGGCGUUUGCAAAGUGAUGGGGUUACCACUCACAGGAACCACCAGACAACUCUUCUGCAGAGAUCAGCUACAGCUGGGAAAAGUCAUAGAGUCUCUAGGGCAAUGUCUAAGAAGAGGCUAGAUGAGGAGAUUUACAUUGGCCGUCUCCAUAAGAUGAAUCAGAAGAACAUAUCGGCCUGGAACAUGAGGAGGAUGAUGAACAUCAUCCGUCAUGGAGCCUUGUCAACUCUGGAUGAGCAAAUACUGAAAUCAGAUAUUAAAGAUGAGUCUGCUUUCCACAUUAAAAGUGAAUUCCAGGCCAAAGAGGCAGCCAAGAAGAUAUUCCACAAUGUGGCCAAACCAGGAUCCAAUUGCAUUUCCCUUGAUGAUGUGAUGUGCUUUAUGGGUUAUGAAGAAGCCCUUAGAGCAAUGUCUCUCUUUGGAGCUGUACGCUUAAACGAGGAAAUAAGCAAGUCAGCUCUUAACAAUUGGAUCGUUAAUGCGUUCAAAGAGCGACGAGCACUUGCAUUGUCUCUCAAUGAUACAAAAACCGCCGUGGAUGAGCUUCACAAUAUGCUGAACAUUUUUGUAGCUUUAGUCAUUGUGAUAAUCUCACUUGUCAUACUCGGAAUUCCUAUUACCCAUUUCCUAGUCUUCAUAUCCUCCCAGCUUCUCUUGGUGGUGUUUAUUUUUGGGAAUACCUGCAAGACGGUGUUUGAAGCUAUCAUCUUCUUGUUUAUCAUGCACCCAUUUGAUGUAGACGAUCGUGUUGAAAUAGAUGGAGUCCAGAUGGUGGUCGAGGAAAUGAAUAUAUUAACCACAUUAUUUCUGAGACAUGACCACCAAAAGGUCAUAUAUCCCAAUACUGUGUUGGCCACCAAGCCGAUCGGUAACUUCCAUCGCAGUCCAGACAUGGGAGAGGCGGUCAAUUUCUGCAUUCACAUAUCAACUCCAAUGGAGAAGAUUGCCCAUAUGAGAGAACGAAUAAAAGAUUAUGCAGAAGACAACAGUCAUCACUGGCAUCCCUCUCCAAUGGUGGUUGUCAACGACAUAGAGGACAUGAACAAACUGAAGAUAUCAGUUUACCUCACACACAGAAUGAGCUAUCAACACAUGAUGGAGAGAUAUGCUAGGAGGGGGCUUGUGAUUGAGGCAUUGAUCAAAGUGUUUAGAGACCUUGAUAUUGAAUACCGCUUACUACCCCUUGAUGUGAAUGUCCAAAACAUGCAACCUUUGGUCUCAAAUAGGCGUCCUUCAACUUGGACUACUCAAGCCAACAAAUGAAG